AUGGCAAGCGCAUCCGCACAAAGCAGGGCCAACGCCUUGAAUCAAAAGAUCGAGGCUCAAGCAGGAUUGGUGUUGGAAGACAUUGAGAGAAACUACAUUCGAAAGAUUGGCCGAGAAUCUUUCGCCUGUGCCGUCAAGUGCUACGACAAGGCUGGAUCAAGUGGUCCCCAAGAAGCCUUGGAGCAAUGUGCGCGUAACUGCCAAGUUCCAUACCAGCAAUCGGCUGCUCUUAUGCAAAAUGAAGUCGCCCAAUUUCAAAACCGAAUGAACCGCAACAUGCAAGAGUGUCAAGAAAAGGCCCGAGAUAUGAUGUAUCCAGGGAUUGAAAACGAUGCCCGCAAAAUGACACAAGUGGAAGACGCUUUGGUCAAGUGCAUGGGACAACAAGUGGACGAACAUAUCAAGUUGCUCAAGCCCAUGAAGGAACGCAUCGUCUCGGCAUUGAAGAGUUUCAAAUAG